AUGGGCGUUCCUCACUUCUUCAAAGCUGCAGUGGUUAACGAGCCAAAGGUCCAGGCUCUCCUUUCCAAUCGCUCCUUGGAAGAUUUGGAAUCAGGCCAAGUUGGUAUCAAAAUCACCGCUACUGCCGUCAAUCCGGUCGAUUGGAAGAUGCGCGAUUAUGAUGCAUUCAUUACUAAGUAUCCAGCCGUCUUAGGCUCAGAUGCUGCUGGGGUUAUUGUAGCCAUCGGAUCUGACGUGCGUGAUCUCGCAAUUGGCGACCGCGUUUUUUUCCAAGGAAUUAUUGGCAACUAUGAUUCAUCCACAUUCCAACAAUACUGCAAGAUGCCAGCGGCUCUUGUCUCCAAGACUCCAAGAACCACUAGCGACGAAGAGGCUGCGGGCAUCAGUCUAGCUACAAUGGCAGCAGUCACUGCUUUCUACGACGAGAAUGGCCAUGGGUUGACCCCUCCGUGGAAAAAAGGAGGCAACGAAGCUGGGAAAGGAAGAGCGAUAGCGAUAAUUGGCGGUGCAUCAUCGGUUGGCCAGUACGCAAUUCAGCUAGCCAGGAUAUCUGGCUUCGAAAGAAUCAUAACCAAUGCAAGCACUACAAACCACCACUUCCUCAAAGAGCUUGGUGCCCAUGUCGUGCUUGAUCGAGACCAUUCGAGUCCUGAAGACUUUGCAGCCGGGGUUGGGAAGUACCCUUUGGAGUUCGUCUUCGAUGCCAUCUCGAUGAAGUCCACACAGGUUCUGGGUGUCCAAAUAAUUCAGGCUACAAAAACAGAAAAUAGCCAUGUUGUGACUGUACAUGUGGUUCAUCCAGUGAGCGUUGAUGCAGAUGCUGUGGCGCUAGGGCAAUCGAAACACCCGGGAGUGGAAAUCAAGCAGGUCUUGGGUAUCGGUAGUUCUCCAAAAUUGCGUUACCUGAGCGAGCCUCUGAUGAAGGCUCUUGGCGGAGAGAAUGGUUACAUUGCGAAGAAUAUUUUCAUACCUAACCGGCCGCUUCUGGUUUCGGGGGGCUUGGGGGCGGUCGAAGAAGCGCUUGCAUUGAACAAGAAAGGAGUUUCGGGCAGGAAGGUUGUCUUUCGUCCUUUUGAUUAG